AUCUCACCCACACACCCACACAAUGCCGGCCCCAACACCCGGGCCCUCGCGCCCCAAGUCGGACCUGCUGCGCUUUACGACGCACCGCCACCUACGCCAGCGCCUCGUGCUCUCCGUGCUGUCGGGGCGCUCAAUCCGCGUCGACGGUAUCCGGUCCGACGACGUGCACGUCGGUCUGCGCGACUACGAGGUCAACCUCUUGCGGCUGGUGGAGAAGAUUACGAACGGGAGCACGAUCGAGAUUAAUGUGACGGGUACAUCGUUCGUCUUCCACCCCGGCCUGCUCCCCGGCGGCAGCUUCACGCACACGGCCCACGCGGGCCGCAGCGUAGGCUACUACCUCGAGGUCGUGGUGCCCCUCGCGCCGUUCAGCAAGAAGCCGCUCCAGCUCACGCUGAACGGGAUUACUGGCGCCGAGGGGCGCGACAUGUCCGCGGACAUGGUACGCACCGUCACGCUCCCGACGCUGCACCUCUUCGGGGUGAGCGACGGGCUCGAGCUGCAGAUCAAGAAGCGCGGUGCUGCGCCUUUGGGCGGAGGACAGGUCGUCUUCAAAUGCCCGGCGGUGCGCCAGCUCAAGACUAUCCAGUUCACGGAGAAGGGCCGCGUCAAGAAGAUCCGCGGCAUCGCGUACAGCACCCGCGUGAGCCCGCAGUUCGCCAACCGCAUGGUCGAGGCCGCGCGCGCGGUCGUGAACCGGUACACGCCCGACAUUUAUCUGUACACCGACGUGUACAAGGGCGACGAGGCGGGCAAGUCCCCAGGGUACGGGCUCACGCUCGUGGCCCAGUCGACGACGGAGGCGAUCCACGCCGCCGAGUGUCUCUCGCUCGAUCCGAAGGCGGUCAAGGAGGGCAGCGUGGCGCAGACGCCCGAGGAUAUCGCGCUGCAUGCCGCCCGGCUGCUGCUCGAGGAGAUCAGCCACGGAGGGUGUGUCGACGGAAAGCACCAGUGGCUCGUGCUCCUCCUCAUGGUGCUGGGCAAGGAGGACGUCGGCAAGUGUCUCAUGGGAGACCUGACGGCGCAUACCGUCCAGUUCCUCCGCGAUAUCAUGGCCUUCUUCGGUGUCAAGUUUAAGAUUACGCCAGUGGACGCCGCCGACGCUGCCGACGCCGAGGGGCCAAAACGUAAUGGCACAGGCGAGGUCCUGGUCUCCUGCGUCGGUAUCGGGUACAGCAACGUCAACAAGUCCAUGGCGUAAAGGCAUCAUUCACUAUAGCAACUGUAUGUAUAACACGGGCAUAUUUCUAGAUCACGGGAGCCUCGGUCAGGAUUCAAACAUACACACACACACUCGCCGCAUUAUCGAAAGUCGUUGAGACGCUCGACGCGGGGAAUAGGCAGCGGCGGGAUGGGCUCGGCUGUCCGCCCAAAGAGCUUGGAGGCGAUUAGCGUUGGGCGACGCUUGCGGCCGGUCGUUGGUGUCGUUGGCGGCAGCAUCGACUUGGUUGCAGCCGUGGGCGACGACAUACCCACCUCGCUGUAGACGGGGAUGGGGGAGGAGGGCGUCUGCGAGAAGACGCUCGGCUCAGCUGGCGUCAUGGGUCUGCUGGGCGGCGUGCUUGGUCGCGAGAUUUGCCGCUCGAGCAUGGGCGACAUGGCGCGUUCACGGUCCGUAAAGUCCGAGAUGGGGCGGGGGGAUGAGACUUGGGGCGAGAAUGUAGCUCGCGGCGGAACGUGGAUCGACUCGGGAGGCCCAGCGCGAGAGCUGCUGCCACCGGCGCCGUUGCUGCCAUCGCCGCCACGGGAGAAACCCAGCCACUUGCGCGCAGACGACAAGAUUGCCAUUCCGUACGACUCUUCUGACGACGUGGUCGACAUGGUCCGCGUGAAGGGCUGGUAGCCUGCCGCCGGGGUCAAGCUUCUCUCCAGUGAUGGACGGGCAGAUGGCAGUGGUGUCCCGCUGCGGCUCUCAAUCGUCUCGAGCUCGUACGUUGACGGCGUCGCAAGGUCGUGGAUGCGGUCGAGGAAGUCGUCGUACUUCUCAAUGAGCGAGUUGAUAUCCUCAGUCCCAAGCUUUGGGGAUGUGAGGCCGGUGCCAGGCUGCUGGCGCCGUUCGUACCACAACUCGGCGCACAUUGCCCACUCGGCGCCCAUGUCCACCGGGCCGGCCUCGGUGACAUAGGGGAUGGCCUCGGCUUCAAACUCGUCGAGGUGGAGCUUGCGCUGCGCCACAAAGCUCUCGAUUUCGCUCGGUGCU